CAAUUUUUUUCUAGCCACUAUAAGUAAACAUAAGUGCGACUAGUGGCUCUUCAACUUCGACAUUGGAGAGCUAGCUAGCUUUUCAAACUCUAUACAAUAAUGUUGUAUGUAUUGUAUGCUGUUUGUGUAUUUUUUAGUGUCUGCAGCAGCGAAGCGAAGGUGAAGCUGCCGGCGAACGUGGUUGUACCGGCAGUUUUUGCAUUCGGAGACUCAAUUGUGGAUCAGGGAAAUAAUAACAACAUAGGGACGCCAAUCAAGUGUAAUUUUCCACCUUAUGGGAAGGACUUAAUGGAUGGCACACCAACUGGAAGGUUCAGUAAUGCCAAAACCCCACCUGACUUAUUAGCUGAAGAAUUGGGGAUCAAAGGGCUAGUACCAGCUUAUUUGGACCCGAAUCUAAGGGAUGAAGAUCUCAAAACUGGAGUAAGUUUUGCAUCAGGAGGUUGUGGAUAUGAUCCUCUAACAGCUUCCUCCAUGUCAGUCCUACAACUGUUGGAUCAAUUAACUCUCUUUCAAGAAUACAUUGAGAAGCUAAAGGGAUUAGUUGGGGAAGAAGAAGCCACAUAUAUUUUAAGCAACAGCUUUUACAUGGUGGUUGCUGGUAGUGAUGACUUUCUCAAUAACUACUUUUUCACCGGAUUUCGCCGGAAUCAAUACCAUAUUAACUCGUAUACCGAUCGUAUAGUGGCAUGGGCUUCCGAUUUCGUACAAGAAUUGUUCAAGUUAGGUGCAAGAAGAAUUGGGCUUAUGGGCAUUCCUCCAAUAGGAUGUUUGCCCAUGCAAAGAACACUACUCGGUGGAAUUAUAGCUAGAGGUUGUGUGGAGGAACACAAUGAAGCGGCACAAUUGGCCAACACCAAAAUGGCAGUUGCAAUUGAUUUAUUAUCAAAGACGUUGCCUAAGUCCAAGCUGGUUUUCAUCGAUAUAUAUGAUCUUGUAACUGAUUUCAUUGUCAACCAUAAAAAAUAUGGAUUUGAAGAAGUAAAGAAAGGGUGUUGUGGUUCAGGAAACAUAGAGGUGGGCAUGCUAUGCAAUAAAUACAGUGCAACGUGUGAAGAUGACACAAAGUAUUUGUUCUGGGACAGUUUUCAUCCCACCGAAAAAGGUUAUAGGGUUCUCGUUGAUCAGAUCAUCAAAAAUAAUAUGAACAAAAUUUUCAAGACAACUGUAUGAGUUCGUCCUUCAUCAGCGAUUUCAUUGAUAAAGCUUUAGUUUUGAUUCACAUGUGAACGUGUUUGUGUCUAGAGAAUUUUGAUAUUCUUUUGUAUGCAUGUGUCGUUGUUUUUCCUCCACAUAUACCCCAUAAUGUUAUAUGUUGAAUUUUAAGAGUGUGUGCUGAAUAAAUAGUCGGC